AUGACCCUCGAGAGCACUUACGUAUUCAAUUACGUUGGCCACAGUCUUGACUCUGCUUCAUAUGGAACAGGAAUCAUACCUCAAGACUUCCUCUAUCAAAUCCAUGAACGGACGUGUACAGCUGGUGAAUGGCAUGGAGAUGUUACUGUUCUCGUUCUUGUCAAGUUGGUGUAUGCGUCGAUCAACCCGAAUGAGGCUGCCGUAGGAGUCCUUCAAUUAAGCAAAUUAGAAUCAUCACUUUCACCAAGCAUUACCGCCACACAUUUCAACAACAGUCCUAACACCUUGACAGGUGGCCAACAGCUCAUUGGAAACGAUGCUACCGACGGGACACCACGCCAAACUGGUAUAGUCGACUCUCCAGAGCUAGAAGGGGUACUCUGCUCACCACCGAUUCUUACGUUAGGCAGUCAUACAGUGACCGGGACCGCUGCAACACAAUAUUACUUUAGGCCGGGAGCAGUCUUAAUAUCUGGGUCAUCGUCAUACAUCCCAACAGUCGCAACACCAGUUCCUAUGCUCAAUGUAGAUGACACGAAGUAUCCGCUUCAACCUGGUAACUCAAUCAUCAUUCAAGGACAAAGGCUUGUUGCUGGCUGCACCCGUACUUCCAAUCGACGGAGCCAAGUUCACAGCAACACCUGGAUCUGGAACGAGCUAUGCGAUAGGGGUCAAUAUCUAAUACCUGAUGGUCAGAUCAUAGUCGCGAAUCUGACGAUGUCACUGACACCUUUUGCUACGGCACUUGUGAUCAAUAGUGCCACUACAACUCUGUUGAGUCCUCAGUCUCAAGCUACGAAUGCACCACUGCUGUCAUUGAACGGGCAGACAAUCGCUGCCGACCCGCAGACCGCGUACACUAUUGACGGGCAGACCUCUACAACGUCGGAUGCCUCGCCAGAUCUAGACUCAGCUACCACGACCUACCAAAUUCUGGCGCCUAGCGUGCACAUAUACAGUUUGAAAUCGCCAUGA